UUCUACUUCCGCUUCGUACCUCCUUCCGCUUCUUUCCUUCUUCCUGCUAGGCGCGAGCACUGCGAGGUGAGGAGCGUGGUCGCUGAAUUUUCGGACAGCUCUACCGCAAAAAUGGUCAAUGUUCCUAAAACCCGAAGGACCUUCUGUAAGAAGUGCGGAAAGCAUCAGCCUCACAAAGUCACCCAGUAUAAGAAGGGCAAGGAUUCCCUGUAUGCGCAAGGAAAGAGGCGCUAUGAUCGGAAGCGGAGUGGCUAUGGUGGGCAGACAAAGCCAAUUUUCCGGAAAAAGGCAAAAACCACAAAGAAGAUUGUGCUGAGGCUUGAAUGUGUUGAGCCCAACUGCAGAUCCAAGAGGAUGCUCGCCAUUAAGAGAUGCAAGCAUUUUGAAUUGGGAGGCGAUAAGAAGAGAAAGGGCCAAGUGAUCCAGUUCUAAGCUUUGGGAGUCUCCUGCUCUUCUAUUUUUGAGAGGAAAUGUUGAAGCUGUAGAGAAACGAAAAUAAAAUUUCGUUGAAAAAUUCUGAAA